CAUCAACAGUUUCUCUGUCAUGAUGGACAGAUUCACAGCAGUAAUAUUUGUCCUUCUGGUUUCAUGUAUCUGCACGACAUUAGGACAAACAUGUGAAGGAAACUGUGGGCAAAAUUUAGGCUCAUGUUCAUGCCACUCAACAUGCGCGUCUCUGAAGAACUGCUGUACAGACUACAAGGAGUACUGCGUGGAAAUAUUUCCAUAUUCUGGAUCCAUCAUGGGUGGGACGGAUUUUAUGGUCCUCGAUGCAAGUUUCAAUAAGAGUUCCAAGAUUGUAUGCAGGUUCAACAGUAAUAUCGACACUGUUGGGUACGUGGAUGGAAACAGUAGAGGCCAUUGUAUCUCGCCACUUUUGUAUCAAACAGGAUUGGUUCCUUUUCAAAUCUCCUCAGAUAAUGGCACUACAUUCAACAGAGUUGGAGAGUGGCUCUCAGUACAUACUGGCAAGUUAGAUUCAAAGUUUAAAGCGAUACUGGUCAACGCAACCCAAUGGCAGUAUUAUGGCACACCUGAUGUUGGAGGCAUUCUUGAGAUGACAUGGAAUACCUCUUUGGUCAGAGCAGAGAGGGUCAACAUAGAGCUCUGGGGAUACAGGGAGACAGGUAAAGCCUAUACAGACAGCUGGGAGGGUGAGUGGGUCUAUUUGUACUCACUUGCAAAGGAUCAGCCCAACAAUGGUUCCUUCAGCUUCUUGCCUAAACCAGCGGAGAAUGGCUUCUCAAGUUGGGAGCUUGGCGCUGUUCGUGUCAGUCCCAGCACUUACCCUGAUGGCGUGUGGAAUGUGCACUCUGUGUGGACUGAGGAUCACGCCCUGGCCUGGCAUCUGGAGGAGAAGUUCAGACAAAACUCAACAGUUUGGGCCCUAGACAAAUGUUUAGCAUGGGACCAGCUGGAAAAUCAGCUGCCCAACUUCCUCAGUGAGAUCAUAGACUGCCCCUGCACUCUGGCGCAAGCAAGAGCAGACACAGGGAGGUUUCAUACUGACUAUGGCUGUGAUAUAGAGAAAGGAAGCGUGUGCACCUACCACCCUGGGUGUGUUCACUGUGUGAGGGCAAUACAAGCCAGUCCUAAGUAUGCAGCAGGACAACAAUGUUGUUAUGACAGCACCGGUGCUCAGGUCCUGACAGCAGACUCGAUUGGAGGCAGCACCCCAGACCGAGCACACGACUGGGGCUCACCUCCAUUCAGGAAACCUCCUCGUAUUCCUGGACAGUCCCACUGGGUCUAUGACGUCCUCAGCUUCUACUACUGCUGCCUGUGGUCUGACAACUGCCACUACUACUUUAAACACCGGCCCUCCAGUGACUGCAGGCGUUACCAGCCAGUCAGCUCUGGUGUGGUGUUUGGAGAUCCUCACUUCAUAACAUUUGAUGGUGUCAGCUACUCCUUUAAUGGCAAAGGGGAAUACACUUUGGUGACCUCAGCAAGGAAAAAACUGACAAUCCAAGGCAGAGCAGAGCCCGUGAACGGAGUGAUAAACGCAACAAAACUGACGUCUGUGGCGAUGAAAGAAGCAUCCUCUGAUAUUAUUGAAGUGCGACUGGUCAGCGGUCACAACGGCCUUGAAGUGCUGCAGAAUCAAAAAACCCUUUCCUUUACUGAGCAGAGCUGGAUGGACCUGCAUGGUGUGUUCGUGUUUUCUCCAACCCCAACAAAUGUGACCGUUAUGUUCCCCACUGGAGCCGGGGUGGAAGUGCGACUGAGAGAGGGAACCAUGACAACCACUGUGCUCCUGCCAGAGGAGUUUAAAGGCCUCACCCUAGGACUGCUGGGAAAGAUGAACGGCGACGCCCAGGACGACCUCACACUCAGCAACACUCAAGUUGUGCAGAACCAAAGCAAUCCAGAGGAGGUGUUCAGCUUUGGGACAAACUGGACUGUUGAAAACAAGUCUGCCUUGUUCACAUAUGAUUCUGAAUACCUUUUGGAUACAUAUCUUUAUAGCCCCAGACUAGAUCCUAGUUUUAUUCCAGUGUUUUUUGUCCCUGAGAAUCCAGAUGAUCCUUUAGCCAGUCAGGCAUCUAAGAUAUGCACUGGAGAGGGCUCUCAGUUCUGUAGGUAUGAUAUCCUGGUAGGUCGUAGUCCAGCAAUGGGCAAUGCUACCAGAGUGUCUUUCCAGAGUCACCUUUCUCUUGAGCAGGAUCUAAAGCAAGUGAUAUCCUGUGGAUGGCUCUCACCACCAACUAACGGGGAAAAGAAGGGUACCACAUAUACACAAGGGGCUAAGGUGCAGCUUUCCUGCGAUGACGGCUACACUCUCAAAGGAUCAGCAGUGCGCACGUGCCAGUCUAAUGGCCAGUGGUCUGGAGAAGAAACAACCUGCGUGAUUCCCAGUAACAUCACAGGAAUUGUAGCCGGUUCAGUCAUUGGAGCUAUUGCACUGAUUAUAAUUAUUACAUCAAUCGUACUCCACUCCAAAAAACAGAAAAGGAAAGCUGCACAGAAGUUCGCAAGGUCAGAAGAAGAUGAAAACUGAGGCCUUCUAAACUGAAUUUCUUUCUUUGAACUAAAAUAUCUUUGUUUAUGAACCUCGUAAACCACAACCAUGACUCAGACUUGAAUAUAUAAUAAGGUUGAGCAAAGGUCCCUGCUCAGUUAAAGAAUAACUACACAUCUAUACACAUCUUCCAUGGUAGUAAUAUUGCAUCGACUUCUGUAGGGUUUAAUUUUUAACCUUUGUUGCACUUUUGACCAAAACUUCACCUUUACACCUACUUUAUUGUGAAGAACUUUAUUUAUAGGUUUUGUGGUUCUUGUGGUACUUCACAGUCAGUAAUUAAGCUGGAUGAUCUAUAUAAAUAUAAUGGACCUAAAUCAAUAAGCUAACACUACCUGUCUAAACACUCCAUUACUGUUAAUGUUAUACCGUGUUAAGUGUACAACUGAAGGUUUUGUUUGUGUAUUGUCAUCAAAUGCUGAUGAAUAUUGUUAUACAGCUUAUCGUUUUCAAAUGUA